AUUUUAUUUAUUUUUUUACUUUAAAAAAAGUAGUUCCACGAUGUCUUGUUUAAGCAAAAAGAGGACAAACUCCGAGGAACGGGUUUUCCAGGAGCAGAGGAAAAAAGUUGCGCAGGAGAAUGGGAAACACAUAGGUUUGGAGGGAGAUGCAGAUCUAGAGUUCCUGCUGAAGGGUGGGGAGCUGGUCAAGAUCCGCUCGAAAUCCUGGAAGAAGAACCGCAAAUUCAAACUGCAUGAAGACUGUGCGACGUUGUACCAUGAGUCCCACAAAGCAUUCAGGGAAAACCAGACCUUCCCGAUUGAUGACAUUGAUUCAGUGCGCCUGGGCCGUCAGUCUGAAGGGCUAAAAAAGUACACCAACACCAGUGAUGAAGAUCAGUGCUUCUCCAUCAUCUUCAGCAGUGGAGUGGAGGCAAAGCAGUGGGUUAACAGCCUGGUGAAGAUUACGAGAUACAUACGCAGCCUCAACCGCCAGCAGAACAGUGAGCAUUGGAUCUUCGAAUGCAUGCGGAAAGCAGACAAGAAUCACGACAACAUGAUGACCCUGAAGGAGGUGAAGGCCUUCAUGCGCGAGAUUAACAUUGAGGUGGACAGCCAAUAUGCAGAGCAACUUUUCAGGAAAUGUGACACAUCCAAAUCAGGCACCCUGGAGGGUGCAGAGAUCAAGCAAUUCUACGAUGAGCUGACGCACCGGAAGGAGAUAGAUGAGAUUUAUGGGACGUACGCUCAAACAGAGGGUCAGAUGAGUGCCGGAGACCUGCUGAACUUCCUACUGAAUGAGCAAAGGGAGCAGGUGUCCAUGGAGGACGCUCUCAAGCUGAUUGAAAUAUACGAGGUGGAUGGGACAGCGAAGGAGAAGAAGCACUUGACCAAAGAUGGCUUCUUGAUGUACCGGCAGCACGAAGAUACCUCCAUCUUCAACCCGGCUCAGAAACCACUUUAUCAGGACAUGCACCAGCCGCUCAACCAUUACUACAUCUCCUCCUCACACAACACGUACCUGGUGGAAGACCAACUCAAAGGACCCAGCAGCACAGAAGCCUACAUAAAAGCACUGAUGAAGAGCUGUCGCUGUGUGGAACUGGACUGUUGGGAUGGGGCUAAUGGCGAGCCUGUUAUUUACCACGGCUACACUCUCACAUCCCAAGUGCUCUUCAAAGAUGUCAUCAAAGCCAUCAAAGAAUACGCCUUCAAAACGUCUGACUACCCAGUGAUCCUGUCUCUGGAGAAUCACUGCACCCUGGAACAACAGAAGGUCAUGGCCGAUCACAUGAUCACCAUCCUGGGUGAUGCUUUGGUCAGAAAGCCUCUGGGCACCACCAUACCCACAAACUUCCCCUCACCUGAGGAGCUGAAGGGCCGGUUCCUCAUCAAGGGAAAGCGACUGAACAAACUGGAUGCUGCCUUUAACAAUGACAGCACCAUAGAGGACGAAAAUGUGUCUGAGGAGGAUGAGGCUGCAGACUGUAAGGAGAAUAGCCAAAAAGGCAAACCAAAGAACACAAAGAUCACACUUGCCAAACAGCUCUCAGAUGUCGUAAUCUACUGCAAGAGUGUCCAUUUUAAUUCGUUUGAACACUCCAAGAACAACCAGGCCUUCUAUGAGAUGUCGUCCUUCAAGGAGAGCAAAGCGUUCCAACUGGCUGAGACUUCAGCUACUGGCUUCAUCCAUCACAACAUGGACAAACUUAGUCGGAUCUAUCCAGCUGGCUCCAGAACUGACUCCUCCAACUAUAACCCAGUGCCCAUGUGGAACGUCGGCUGCCAGAUAGUGGCGUUAAACUUCCAGACUCCCCACAAGGAGAUGCAGUUAAACCAGGGUCGGUUUCGGCCAAAUGGUUUUUGCGGCUACAUCCUUAAACCUGAAUUCCUGAGAAGCCCGUCGUCUCAGUUUGAUCCCAACGCACUUACCAGCAGGCCCUGGCUACAAAAGAAGACCUUUCAUGUCAUGGUGAUCUCAGCUCAGCAGUUGCCCAAACUCAACAAGGACAAACCCAAAUCCAUCGUCGACCCUUUGGUGAGAGUGGAGAUUUAUGGUGUCCCAGCAGACAAUGCCAGCAAGGAGACACCCCACAUUGACAACAAUGGGUUCAACCCCGUGUGGAAUGAAAGCCUCAAGUUUGACAUCCACGUCCCAGAGUUGGCCAUGGUGCGAUUUGUGGUGGAAGACUUUGACCUAGCAUCCUAUAAUGAUUUCAUCGGGCAGUACUGUCUACCGCUCACCAGUGUACAGAACGGAUAUCGGCAAGUCCCACUGCUCACCAAGAGAGGGGACCUCAUACCCUCUGCUGGACUGUUUGUGAACAUCAAGCUCAUCGACGCCCAAUAG